UGUUAUAUGUUUUGUGGUGGAACCGGACCGACAUAACCACAAAAUUAUUAUUUUAAUAAACAAUUUGUACUAUAAAAAUAUGACUUAUUAAGGAUUGUUACACCGAUUUUAAGAUUGAAUCAUGUUAACGCGCGAUGCAGAACUAAUUUGGAAUACUCUGAAAGGCAUAAUAUGUGUUUACAAACCGGCGGAAGUCUCCACGAGAAGAUUACGAACGACUAUCAUAAACAAGAUAUGUGCAGAACUAAACGAAAUGGACGUGAGACCCCCUGAAGGAUAUGUAGCGAUUGAAGGCAACCCUUCAAAAAAUCUAACAGUUGUAGUAAGGCCAAAUUAUGCUGACCAUCCUCUAGUCGUAGGCCCAAGAUACCAGGAACAGGAUUUACCUGUGAGCUGGUCAAACUAUUUGGGACAUAACACUUCUGGAGUACUAAUUUUUGGCUUAAGAAGUGGUACUAGGUGGGCGAAAUUUGUUAGAGAGAAUCUACCUACAAGGGCGUAUAGAGUAAAAGGAGUUUUUGGACGAGCUACUGAGAAUGGUUUUAAAGAUGGGAAAGUUGUGGAAAGGUCUACUUGGAGACACAUCAGGCAAUGGAAUUUGGAAAGACUGUUAUCGUCAAUGCAGGCUGCCCAUCAGAAAAAAAUGUUUGAAAUGUGUGGAGUAGAUAUGCAGUCCCAGCUGGCUUAUGAUCUAGCAAUUAAAGGACCCAUUAGACCUAUAAAUUCUAAAAUCCCCAUAAUAUAUGGACUGAAAUGUGUGGAAUUCGAGCCACCAGGCUUCACGAUAGAAAUCCAGUGUAUAAAUGAAUACGAAACAUAUUUAAAAAGCUUGAUACACGAGAUUGGAUGGAAACUCCACUCUACCGCUUACUGUACAGCUAUAAAGUGUAUUAGACACAGUUGCUUUACCCUGGACCAUGCCCUGUUAAUGAAACACUGGGAUUUACAGAACAUCGUCACCAAUAUAGAACAAUGCAACAAUAUAUUAAGUGAAAAUGAACAUUUGCUAAAACAAGAAAGUGUAGCAUUGCGAUAAUGUAUGCUGUGAUUUUUUAAUAUCUGCGGCACAUACAUGCAGUGGAGAUUUUAAUGGUCACACGGUAUAUUUGAGUUUGUUAAUGUUUGUAUAAUAAAUGUAUA